CGUUUACAUUAAGUAUGAUGAUAUCUAAAAGUUGUUUAAAAUAAGAAACAAAAGAAAUUCAAAUCGAUAUUUUAUAACCAGUAUAAGUCAAUUACACAAUGUAAUUUUUUUUUUGCUAUUGUACUUCCUACUUACUAUUCAUUAAUAAAUUUGUUUAAUAUAAUUUAAUUAUUCAAGUCCUUAAUUAAAAUGGAUGAUAAACUGCGAGAAGAAUUAAAAAUUUCAGAACAAACUUCUCGAAGAGACUUAUGUGAGGAGUUUUUAUACGAAAUUUUUCAAUGGGAUCCACUAUGGCUCGAUGAUAAAAAAUAUGAAGAGACACCUCCGCCUGUUAUCGAUUCAAUCGAAAUGAUUCCGACGAAAUUAAUUUAUUCGACUUUUGAAGAAUAUCGUGAUGUUAUGUUUCCCUUUCUGAGACACGAAUUUUGGUUCGUUUUGAAAGAAGAUUUUAUCGAAGAAAUCAAGAACAAUAAACAUCCUAAAGCAGUAAAAGCUCAUGUUAAGCAAAGUCCAUAUUCUUCUCGGUCAGUUAAUAAUGAUGAUUAUCAUAAAAUAAGUGAGUUAAGUAUAAUAACUACAAUAAAAAAUUAUGAGAACAAUGAAAAUAAAUACCCCAAUCGUGGAGACUUAGUUAUAGUAAAGUCUCUGAAUGAUAAAAGACCAGUAACAUUUGGAUUUAUAUCAAACGUUGAUUUAAAAGGAAAAAUAAACGUUACAGUAACUUACACAUUGAAGAGUAAAUUCUGUUCAAGACUACAAUUACCAAGCCAAGUUGAGCUUACUACUGUGACAUGGGUCUCUGCCCAUAUAACUCUUAUUGAAGCAUUGUGUUAUAUUCCUUAUGCAGAAUUGAUGAAACCAAUUUUACAACCAGAAAUUGAAUACUUCAAAAUUUCGUCAGUUUUAAAAACAGUAGAAACUGCAACCAAGGAAGUUCUCAAUGAGAAACAAGCAGAAAUCAUGUCUAGAAUAAUAGAAACCGUAAAAAGGAAGUCUUUGGGAAUAUUUCUUAUUCAAGGACCUCCCGGUUGUGGAAAAUCAUCGGUUAUCAAAAACAUUAUUGCGACUAUUAUGAAAAAUGGAAAUGAAAAGAGAGUACUAGUGUGCGCACCUUCAAAUAAAGCUAUUGAUGAAUUAGUUUUAAAAUUAUUAGAUAUUCAACCUCUUCUUGAAGAGCAAAAAGUACCAUUCAAAAUUGUACGACUUGGACGAGAAGAUAAAAUGAAUGCAUCAGUUAAACGUAUAUAUUUAUCGAAUUUACGAUACAAUGCGAGAACGGAUAAAUUUUAUUACUAUCCGCGUCGUAAAAACGAAAAAAGAGAUGCAGCAUAUGAAGAAUUUAUACUUAAAAAAGCAAAUAUUAUCACAUGCACCCUGACAUCAAGCUACACAAGUUAUCGGAUGAGAUCAGUUUUUGGCCGAAAGUUUGAAGACAAAUUACCAUUUUGCAUCAUCGACGAAGCAGCACAAGCAACCGAAUUACUCACACUAGUGCCGGUAAUGCUGGACAUAGAUAAAUUGAUUUUGGUGGGGGAUCCUCAGCAAUUACCUCCAACGGUUCUAUCGCAGAAAGCAAAAGAUUACGGCUAUGAUUCAUCUCUAUUCGCAAGAGCUCAAACUAUAUUUGAUGAUGAACCAGAAGAGAACCCUAUUGUUAUGCUAGAUACUCAGUACCGAAUGAUGGAUUCGAUUUCUCAAUGGCCCAAUCGUUAUUUUUAUAAGGGUCUCAUUAAAAAUGCAGCUUCAGUCGCACCAUUGGAUUUUUGUAACUACAAAUUAUUGAACCAUUCUUUUGUGCAAGUUGAAGAUGCUCAUUCUAACCCAAAAGAAGCUAUACUUGUAGCUAAUUUAGUUAGUAAAUUGGUGGAAGAAAUUAAAUUAAAGUACCCGGAUAGAAAAAUAAGCAUCGGUGUUAUUACACCGUAUAAAGACCAAUAUAAAUUGAUUAAUAGCAUAAUAAAUCCAUGCAAGAAAAAGACUCAACAGAUGAAGCCUCAGAAAAUUUUGAAAAGACCAGAUCAACAAAAUGAUAAAAAUAUUAUUGUCAAAGAAGAAUGUGAAAAUGUAGACAAUGAAAAUAUCAACGAGAAAAAUUCAGAAAAUUAUGUAGAUGAUAAAGAUGUGGAGAAAGAAAAAUUUUUUGAAGAAAAUGAAGAUAAUGAUAAUAAAUCUGUUGAAUUAAAUGACAAUGUUGAUGAUCAACUCGAUGAAGAUUCUGAAAGUAAUGAAUCAGAAGAUAUAAAAAUUUUAAAUGAUACAGAAAAAGUAGUUUGUGCUGACGAAAAGAGAACUGAAACGAAAAAAAAUAAAAAGAGAAAUCAAGACAAAAAUAAAUGUAAGAAAGGAAAAAAGAACAAUGUUAAUGAUGAUAAGAGCUCUGAAAAAAAAGAAGAUGAAAAACCACAAAAAAUUCAAGUCAAUACAGUAGACAGCUUUCAGGGGUCGGAGUGUGAUAUUAUUAUUAUGUCAUGUGUGAGGAGUGAAGGCAUCGGAUUUGUUAAAGAUCCGAAUAGGCUCAAUGUAAGUCUUACUCGUGCUAAACAUUCUUUGAUAAUGUGUGGAAAUUUUAACACUUUCAGGCGUGAUGAAAUGUGGGAAAGCCUCUUAAACGAUGCUCAAUCUCGAGAAGUAUAUUUCGACUUAACGAAAGAUGAUGAGUUAAAAUCUAUUAUAGAGCAUGUAAUUAUUAAUCGCACUAGCUUAUGAUUGUUUUCUGAUUAACAUUGUUAUAAAAACGAUAAUAAUUGUUAUUACAAUAAUAUUACUCUAUGUACAAUUUUAAUAAUAUUUGUAUCUACUUAAGUUACAUUAUUUGCUUGUAAAACAUUAAUCGCUCCAAUAAAUUUCAUCAUCAUUA